ACUAAGUCGAGGACUCGGUCAUGAUCCAUCUGGACAAUUUGUUCCGGUCAAUACAAACAUAGCUGCAAGAGAAAAAUUAUAAAGUGUGUGACAAAUCUAUUAGCAAUAAUAGUCACCUGAAUUACACAGGCUUGCUUGAGCAGUGGGGGCUGUGCCAGUUUCUCUAAAUCACAGGUGGAAUGGGUGGGAUUAUCACUUUUAAAAGCAUGCAUUUUAAGAUUGUUGUUCCUCAUAAGAAACUUUUGUUUGGGGAAAAAAAAAUCGUAGAGCUACAGCCAGGGUCUCCACACGUGGCCUGCGAAUGGUGUUCGAUGGAGCAGGUGGCGGGACCUCACAGCCUCCCAUCGCACGGAGGCUUCAUGUUCAUGUGUCACUGCGGCGCUGAGUCUGCGUUGGGUUUGGAGCGCAGCUCCAUCUGGGCUGAUCGAACUGCGCUUUGAAAGGCGCGCGACUGCAGAUGACGGAUGGAUUCGGGGGGGGGAGACGAGACGAGACGAAACAGAAAUCGUCCGUCGGCCGUGCGCGAGACGCGGGAAACGCGCGGGCUUUUUGCGCGUCCGCAACUUGACAGCUUCUGGGAGCAGUAGUAGGUGGUGCUACAGACAUCUCCCCUCCCCGAGGGACGAGGCGAGGGCUCCCUUCCUCCCCAGGCAGGCAGAAAAGCCCACAUUCACUCGACUCGUUCGGCUCCCUCAACAUGGCGAAAGCCGGAGCUGCCCCGCUGAGGAGCUUCGCCACCGCUCGGACGGCGCGGCCGGACUCUGACUCUCCCUCGCAGCCCGCACAGCUCGCAGCCCCGCGGCCUCUAUGAUGGUGGAAACAUGGAGAAGUUCUCGGCGGUUUCCGACAUCACAUGGAGCUCGGUGUCCCUGCCUCUGGAUAUGGUGGUCAGCAAGUUCAGGCUGCCCACACUGGUACGGCUGAGCCAAGGGGAUCACGUGGAGGGGCUGAGUGAUCAGGACGUGCUGCUCCUCCAUUCAUGCCGGCAGUGGACCACCGUGACCGCGCACAGCCUGGAAGAGGGCCACUAUGUCAUCGGGCCCAAAAUCGACAUUCCGCUGCAGUACCCAGGGAAGUUCAAGCUGCUGGACCAAGACCGCGAUGUGCGAGAACCAGUGCAGUACUUUGCCAGCGUGGAGGAGAUUGCCGGCAUCUUCCCCGACCGAGUGUUCGUGAUGGAGGCCAUUACGUUCAGCGUGAAGGUUGUGUCUGGAGAGUUCAGCGAAGACAGCGAGGCCUACAACUUCACGCUGCAAGCUGGUGAUGAGCUUACGCUCAUGGGCCAGGCCGAAAUCCUGUGUGCCAAGACGGUGCGGGAGAAGUCUCGGUUCAACACCAUCCUACGCAAGCUGGGCAAAAGCAGCACCUUCAGCCGUCAGGUAAAAGGCAAGAUGCCCUGCCUGAUCUGCAUGAACCACCGGACCAACGAAAGCAUCAGCCUGCCCUUCCAGUGCAAGGGUAAGUUCAGCACACGGAGCCCCCUGGAGCUGCAGAUGCAGGAGGGGGAGCACACAAUCCGCAGCAUCAUCGAGAAGGUCCGUCUGCCUGUCAAUGUCACUGUGCCCAGCCGCCCGCCCCGGAACCCAUACGACCUGCACGUCAUUCGGGAGGGCCACCGCUACAAGCUGGUGAGCAUCAUCUCCAAAACCGUGGUCCUCUGCUGCAUUCUGCGCAAGGAGGAGGUGACCCCAUUCCACUUUUUGCUGCUCACGGACAUGCCCCGCUUCGUCCUGCCUGAGGGCCUCCUCAGGAGCGACCCUGCCUUCGAAAAGGUGGCUUUGGAAUGUGCGCUGAUCUGCCAAGAGACCUUCAACCCAGAUGACUACUCAAAGGCUGUGCGGGAGGCGAAGACAGACUUUACCGAGGAGUGUGCCAGUCCUCGUCGCAUCCGUGUGUGCCUACAGAGCUUUGCCUCCACCUCCCCAGGCUAUGGGCGCGAUGAGCUCGCCCAGUCCUUCCAGCGCCUGUCCCUGUGCGUCUACAGCGGUGCUCUGGUGAACACCAAUGGGGAUAGCCACUCUCAGGGCUGCAGGGACUCUCUGGGGGAGCAGCAGAUCAUGCCCCACGAGAUGCUCACACCCAGCGAAGGAGGAGAUACAGAACGGGAGUACAUGACCCCCGACUGGGCCGAGAACGAAUUCCGGACUUCGGGCGAUCCAGAGAUCCCCUACGAGGAGCUUUGGAUCAAUCAGAACUCUGGUACUUACAGCGAGACCUGUGGGAACCCGGCUGUGUCUGACGGUGGAGGGAAAGUAGAGCAGAACUUAAUUUCCUUCAAUUCCUCAUCUUCUUCCCUGGAGGGUUCUGUGGGACCUGGCCACAUUGGAUUGGUGCAGAUUGACACCAGCCCAGUCCCGACUCCGCCGCCCGUGCCCCCCAAAUCGGAAGCUGUGAAGGAGGAAUGCCGCUUCCUCAAUGCCCCCCCAAUACCCCCGAGGGGCACGAAGGGCGGCCCGGCCCCAAGCCCACCGGUACCACCCCGCUUCCCCAAGGCCCAGGUUCAAGCAUCCCACUGCCAUUCUCCCAGCCCAAGCCUUUCCUACUAUUCCUCUGGCCUUCAGGACAUCUCCGGAACCCGCAGUGGUAGCUGCUCCCCCUCGCCCGACUCUUACUCCCUCUACUGCUACCCCUGCACAUGGGGCGACUGCAAGGCCACCGACUCCUCAACGCGGCCCCUCGCGAGCAGCGGCGGCACUCCCGCCGCGCAGCCGGCGCAGGCCUCCUGGUCCGAUCCCUGGGGCUACGCAGAGAGCACGCCCAGUGUGGCCAGCGGUCGCUCCACACCUCUCCUGAGCACUGACUCCGCCCACAAGAGCUACUACAGCUGUCCCAGGUUGAAACCUCCACUUUCCCAGAAGCGCUUUGCUCCGUUUGGGGCCCUGAACCCCUUCGCCAACCCGGGUUACUCAAGGAGCCCUUCGUCCUCCCCAGCCGAGUGGCUGGACGGUGGAGACCGCCAGGCUUCCGAGGCCUUUGACCCUUGCAGCGGCCGCAGCAUGUCGCCUGACGCCGCUCUUCUGAAGCCCGGGGAUGGAAGGAGUGGACGGGAGCAAAGCAGCUGUCCUCAUGAGCAGGCUCUGAGGAGCGGUGAGGGGGCACUGAGUAUUGGACCCACCCCUCCGCCCCGGCCAGCUAAGGGCUUUGAAGCGGAGAACAUCAUAAUCAGAGGCGCGGCCCCCCUCUCUCCCACUGUCGUCAGGGGGGCCGAGGGGGGUGUCACCAGGGUUUACGUCACGCAGGGUGUCAUCGAGGUGCCGCCCUCCUCGACCAGGAGCAGCUUGGAGAGCUCGUCGGCGGCCUCUCCCGGUGAUGCCGUAGGCGUGGCGCGCGCCAACGGGGAGGUUUCGUUGUGGCACCCGCCCUCGGACCUUUCCGCACUCUCCGUGGAGGAAGUCUCCAAGUGCCUGCGCUUCAUCGGCCUCUCGGAGGACGUGGUCGCUUUCUUUGUGCGGGAGCGCAUUGACGGGAGCAUCUUCGUGCAGUUGACUGAGGAGAUCCUCUCCGACGACUUCAAACUGACCAAGCUGCAGGUCAAAAAAAUCAUGCAGUUCAUCAAAGGCUGGAGGCCCAAAAUCUAGGACAGAGGUGGUGAGGACGGGUGAAGGUCGGUGGGCAAUAAUACCACCUCCAGCCCAGAACAACUGUCAGUAGUAGGGACUACACUAAUCUUGGAGAUGUCAGUGGCCAUUCACCAUAGCUGUUCGUUUCCUUUACAAUUCCAUGCUUGCCUAGAGCGCUACGGCACACCGUUGUUCUUCUGGGAGAGCGGAGCCAUGAUUCCCUUUGCGUGCGGCAUGUAUAUCACGGCGCGAUUGUAACGGUGUGAAUGAAACUGAUGGGAUGUCAUCGUUCCAGUUUCAUGUGCGACAUCCAUUCAUCCUCUCCAAGAAUCGCAACCUGUCCCGGUCACACUUCAAAACAGAUGUGCUGCUGAAGGCAUGCCGCCGUAUAUUCCUAACACACAUUGGUGGUAGAGUGACCUCCCACUUUCCUAAUGAUGUGCCUGAGCUUUAUGAAUCAUGUUAUGUGCCUUGUGGUUGAAAAUCAUUAACUGCAGGAAAUAUUUCUGGGCAUAAGUAAUUAUUUUUUCCUUUUUCCCAACUUGUGAACGCUGGGCCAAGUUGGCAAGGUGAGGUGAUGUAAAACCAUGACGUGCAGAGGUGAUUGCGGUACGCUUUAAUCUUUGGAAAAGGAGUUUACCUUGUUUAUUACAAAUAAGAGGUCAAGGAGAAUUUGUGCCGAAAUGCUCCAUACGAGGAACAACUCUGGAAACUGGCUGAUGUCGAUAGCAAGACUGAAAUCGGUUACUUGACGGUUACGCUCAAAGUGAAACGGUCUCCGCAGGGAAUCUGCUACACAGGUACGGCAUGUUGACACAGGACUGCGAGGCCAGUUGUUAAUGAUCAAGAAAAGUGUCUCACCUCAUACCUGCUCUCUUUACUGUGACUUUUAUAAAUUCUCACAUGGAUACGGCCCAUGUACUUCAGGGUUUAAAAAUUAAUUCGCACAGGUGCAGUGAAUAAGGACUAUUGCCGCAUGAUUUCUUCAUAGCACAAAUGUAUGUUUACAUUUUGUUCUUAAAAAUGUCUCAUUUUGCUGUCUUCCAUAAGUGAGCCACAGUUUGUCGUUCAUUAGGACAUUGCCGUACGGUACCAUUUUGGCUUUUCUUUCUAGCUCCGCCGAAGCGUUUCGGAGUCCCAUCAGCACGAUCGCAGGACGUGUUAAGUCCCGAAAUCUGCAUUGUGGGAGUUUUUGCUUAAGCUGUGCGGCUGGAAAGCUGCACGUCGAGCCUUGUCCUCCCCACCCACGCACACUCACUGGAAUCGCGCAUCCUCAGGCCCCAGCAGAUUACACAGUACGUAUCGGAAUGCUUUGCGAAGCAGCUCCUACAGAAGAUUAGAUACCUUCACGGUAAACGUGAUCCCCCUCCAAUCACUGUGUCUGAACUGUGUUUAUAAAAUAAAAAUUAAAACUUCUUAGAGUAGAACUUUCAAAGGGAAACAAGUGUCUUUUCUACAAUGUUAAGAACAUGCCUGUAAUUAAGUACAUUGUAUUAAAAGGCUGUAAUUUCAUUUACUAAUC